AAAUCGACACAUUCAACGCGCCCAACACCAACCCCUUCAACCCCCCAACCCACACCAUGUCUUCCUCCUCCUCCUCCUUCUCCCCCGCCUCUCUCUCCACCGAGCAAGAGCUCUCCGUCAUCGUCGCCGCCCUCACCAACGUCGUCGCCGGCUCCACCUCCUCCACUUCCGUCUCCGAAUUCCGCCUCCCCCUUACUUCCGACACCUCCGCCGGCACCAGCUUCGACCGGAUUGUGCCCAACAUGGACACUUGUCGCGAGUGCAACAUCGCCGGCUGCUUGGGAUGCAACUUUUUCCCCGAAGAGAAGAAGAAGCAGAAGAGACCCAAAAAGAAGUACAGAGGCGUGAGGCAGAGGCCUUGGGGCAAAUGGGCUGCCGAAAUCCGAGACCCCAGACGCGCGGCCCGGGUCUGGCUCGGGACAUUCAAUACUGCAGAGGAAGCCGCCCGGGCUUACGACAAGGCCGCUAUCGAGUUCCGCGGCCCGCGGGCUAAGCUCAACUUUCCGCUGGUGGACGAGUCCCUGAGCUUGCAACAGAGCGAGGCAGAGAGGGUUGCCAUUGCCGCCGAAGAGGAAAUAAAGGAAGAGAAUCUGAAUCAGGGAAUGGAAAUGGAUGCACUCGCGUUUGGAAACAAGGAUACCGAAUUCUGGGAUUGGAUUGGCGAAGACGAUUUUCAACAGCUCAAGAGGAUGAUGGAUUUUGCUGGAGACUCUUCCGAUUCUGCUACUGGGAACACUCUUAGUUCCUAAGCCUUCUAAAUUCGAUUUAACGUAAUAAUAAGUUUUGGUAGUGUGUGUUUAAAAUGUACAAUUAAGCUAAGCCCAUUCGUUAGCUUCCCUGGAUUUUUCAGGAAGGAGGCUACAAAUUACAUUUCAUGAGUUCAGUGUUUGAUUUCACCCCAGAAGCUGUUCUGUAUAAAAAUUGCCGAGUUAUUAUCAAUUAUUAGCUAACUUACGUUAGAAGAAACGAUACGAUAAUAUUGAAUUAGUGAAAUUUUAAUAUGGGGUUAUAAAGAAGGAAUUUGUCUUUAUUAUGUCAGGUGUGUUGGUUAAAUAUCACAACUGACAGUUGAUGUCUAAGUGAGAUUCUACUAACCGAUGUUGGGUACAGAGGAGCACAGUGAAUUGGGUGAUGAGGAGAAUUUGAGGGUAGGGGUUGGAGCCCACUAUGUGUCACCUGAAGACGUAGAAGUCGUGUGGUGCGCACUGGCAAAGGAAAAUGAUUCUAUUACCAAGUCACAACAAAAAAGUUACUUGGUAGGGCCGCGUAGUGUCCACGGUGAUGCCACGUCUACAGGGAACAUUAACCGCUGUAAUUGAAGCACGUUUUCAUUUCCUCGCGUUUUCAAUGUGCUCCAUUCAUCACGUGCUGGACUAUGGAUGAUGAGAUAAAGCAAUUUAAAAUAAGGCUUUAGUGACGUCUGAUUCUUCCAACUUAAAAUAAAAAAAAUUGAGAUUAGUUAGCUGGGUGGGUUCUGCAACUUGGGUUAAUUGAUCUUUUUUAUUAGCUUCUCUUUCUCUUUGGUCUUAUCUUAUUCCCAAUAUAAAUAUUCAAUUUCAUUGUUCUUAUUUUGUAACUACGUUUGCGGUCAAAUGUCACUCCUGAACUACUCGUUUAUAGCGCACAGGGGCAUGACAUAUUCAGUGACGCAAAUAUCUGUUCGGUCCCCAUUUGUGGACUCGACGCACAAUUUUUAAUAGAGUUUCAUUCUUGGACUAAUCCGUAAUUCUACUAUGUAUAAAAAUGUAAGUAACUAUAGGAAGCUCUUUUUAUAAGAUGCAAACAAGCCAAGA